AUGGUCUCUGCUCCAAGAAAGCAAUCAAAGACCUACAAGGUCCCAAAACGACCCUACGAGGCCGCUCGUCUCGACGCUGAGCUUAAGCUCGCUGGUGAAUACGGUCUCCGAAACAAACGAGAGAUCUGGAGAAUUCAACUUACCCUUUCCAAGAUCCGACGAGCUGCUCGAGAACUCCUCAAGCUCGAUGACAAAGACCCCAAGAGACUUUUCGAGGGUAACGCCUUGAUCAGACGACUUGUCCGAAUCGGUGUGCUCGAUGACACCAGAAUGAGACUCGAUUACGUGUUGGCUCUUAAGACUGAGGAUUUCUUGGAGAGACGUUUACAAACUCAAGUUUUCAAACUUGGUCUCGCUAAAUCCGUCCACCACGCCCGAGUUUUGAUCAGACAACGACACAUCCGAGUUGGUAAACAAAUCGUUAACGUCCCUUCAUUCGUUGUCAGACUUGACUCUCAAAAACACAUCGACUUCGCCCUCAACUCUCCUUACGGUGGUGGACGAGCUGGUCGAGUAAAGAGAAAGAGAGCCAAGGCCGCUGCUGGUGGUGAUGGUGAAGCCGAGGAGGAGGAUGACGAGUAA